AUGACGGCCUUCUCGGGCACAGCUGCGAGGCUCGAAGCCUCCUCCGACCCCAUCAAUGACUCUGACGAGGAGCUCUUCGGCAGUUCCUACCGUCAUGAGACUGUCGCGACCGUACCUCUUCCCAAAGCGCUGCCGGAUAACGCUAGCGAGAGCAGUGAAGAUGAGCAUGCAACAAUUGCAACAGUGCCUCUAAAUAAUGACCCGGCCACAACUCAGCAGUCGCUUGCAACUACACAGCCUACUCAGCUUCUACCGCAGGCGCACUCCUCGUCGCCUGCACGGCCGCCGCAUGUCCAAGUCAUUGCUUCCUCGCCGUUCACAUCACCAAGCGCUCGACCGUCACAGUUCGGUCGAGGCAUACAGCGCAGAAACUUGAUGGCGCCCGCAGGCACGGCUUUCCGAAAGCCCGUAAUUGCUCAGCGAGGAGGUUCUUCGGACGAGGAGGAUUUGAGAGUUGCAAGUGCUGCGAAUGUGAAGACUACCAAUUUUAAGAAGACGACAGUCGUCGAGGAGUCUCCCCCGAAAACUGGACAUUCUCCUUUCGCGGAACUCCUCAAGAGGUAUGAACACAGCACCAGCAAUGGGGUCAAGCGUCCGGCGGAUGAAAUGUCUUAUGCAUACGGCAAUGCCACAAACAAGCGACCACGACAGAACCAGCCCUCAAGAGCUAUGCCGGUUCAGGCCGCGUCAGACCGAGAGCCUAGUCCAGAGUUCGAGCUCGAUGACAUUGAGAACGCCAACCACCGGCAGCAUGUUCGGAAAAUGUUGGAUUACAUUUCCGACACGAGUGUUAAAGAUUGUUACGACGCCUUGAAGAAGUGCCAUUUCGACUAUGACGCUGCUAUCACCAGGGUCCUUGAUAUGCAAGAGGAACGUAAUAGGAAGCCGAUCCAGAUAUCAGACGACGAACUGAACGAAACACCUGCUGUACAGAAGAAGAAGAAGAAGGAAAUUGUCAAGACGAAGCAGCAGGCUAAGGUCCCCAGCAAGUCUAUCACCGAGAAAUGGAGUAGCACCCAGCAGCCCAAACAUCUUGACGCCUUUUCUCCUCCGAAGGAGCUCAAAGCACGUAAGCGUUUAGUAAGAGGUCGAAAGGAUCGUUCCAGUCCGGACCUCGCCGACAUCAAAGAAGACGAAGCCUCCGGCAUUAGUCGAGCUAUUGUGCUCGAUGACAGUGCUGACGACGAUAAUGCAAGCGACGAUGAUGAGGUUGUACAUGAGCGAAAUCUGACCAUGGACGAGAAAGUGCUCAACUUCUUCAGUACCUGCAGCGCUGCAGAUCUGGCCGAUACUGCUGGUAUCAAACCCGCACUGGCACAGCACUUUGUGUCGCAGCAGCCUUUCAGGUCGUUAGGCAGCGUCGCAAAAGUGGACGAUCCUACGAGAGCUCCGUCCAAGGCAAAGAGGACUCCUGUGGGAGAGAAGAUAGUGGAGAAAGUGGAAACAAUGCUUCAAGCGUACGACGCAGUUGAUUUCCUCGUCCAAAAGUGCGAGAAGCUAGCAGAGCCUUUGAAAGCCACAAUGCGCGAGUGGGGAACGGACGUCAACACGACCGGCGAGCUUGAGAUGAUUGCUAUGCCGGAUAGCCCGAGAAGCGCUCAUGACUCCGGGAUUGGCACCCCAGAAGAGUCGUCUGAAGCAAAGCCUCGUCAGAAGAAGCCGAAGGAUUAUCUUGAGCAGCCUGCGAUCAUGAGCGACAAGUACCAUCUGAACAACUACCAGAUUGUCGGCUUGAAUUGGCUGAACUUGCUCUACCAACGAGGUCUCUCUUGUAUGCUUGCAGACGACAUGGGUCUCGGAAAGACGUACCAAGUCAUCGCCUUCCUCAGUCACCUCUUCGAGAUUGGCGAGAAAGGUCCGCAUCUGGUUGUUGUGCCGGCCGCAACACUUGAAAAUUGGCUGAUGGAAUUCAAGAAGUUCUCGCCGAAGCUCAAAGUGGAACCUUACUAUACCACUCAGCCGGGCGCUAGAGAAGAAUUGCGGUACAACCUCGAGCAAAAUCGCGAAGAAGUCAAUGUUAUCGUCACCACCUACAACCUAGCCAAAGCCAAAGAUGAUGCGCCAUGGCUGCGUAACUACGGCUUCGACUGCACGAUCUUCGAUGAGGGUCACCAGCUCAAGAACGCAUCUUCGCAGGUCACGAAAAAGCUGGCGAGAAUCAACGGCAACUUCCGUUUGUUGCUGACCGGUACGCCUCUUCAGAACAACCUGAAGGAGCUGAUGAGCUUGCUGGCUUUCAUGAUGCCAGAUUUAUUCUACCAGAAGUCGGAGGAGUUGACUGCAAUCUUCGAGCACACUGUCAAGACAAUGGACGACAACCACGAUGCUCUGCUGUCAGCUCGUCGAAUCGCUCGUGCCCGAAGCAUACUGGCACCAUUCAUUCUACGUCGGAAGAAGAGCCAAGUCGCUAGAGAUCUACCGGUAAAGACGAGCAAAGUCGAGUGGUGCGAUUUAACCACUGAACAAUCUGAGCUGUACAAAAUCUGGCAGGACAAAGCUCUUGAUAUCCGAGCGCGUCGCGAACGAGGCGACAAGGACGUCAGCAACGAGACGACUCACAUCCUAAUGAAGCUCCGGCAGGCUUCCAUUCAUCCCUGGUUGUUCCGACGAGUGUACAAAGACGCUAUACUGCCAAAAAUUGCGAAACAAUGCAUCAAGGCCGAACAGUGGCUCAGUCUGAGCCCAGUCUGA